AUGGCAGAUGGACUGUUGGAGUCUGCUCCGGUGAUGAAUGACAUUCGAUACUUUGGGCCUCCGCUUGACAUUGCAGCCUCCGCCGCAGGGGUGGUCGGAGGCUUCCCUUGUCAGGGAAUCAGCAAAUCGGGAAAACAAUUGGGUCUUCAAGACCCACGCAGUGCAUUGAUCAAAUCCGUGUUCGACGUCAUAGAUUCCUGUCCAUAUUUGCAACUCAGUGCCCAAUUGGAUGCUAGAAGUGGAAGCUGCUUUGGAAACGCACAGCUCACAGACCCAUACUUUAUUUCAGGACAUUUGCUAUUUUGGAGAACGUUGCGGCCUUGCUCAGCUCCAAAUUGCGUAGUAUGUGGACCUACAUCUUGA